GUCUGCUGGUCUGCUUGCUUCCGGUUCAGGAUCUACGAAAGUACCUUAUUUUCGGCGAUUCGAAAAGUAUCAUUGAUAAAAAGAUUGUCCACAAAUGUAUCAUCGAUCAAAAUCUGCAAUUUGAGAUGGCCGCCGUGGACCUUUCCGCCCUGCUGCCUGACGAGCUGUGGGUGCGCGUGUUCUCGUUCUUGGACGACGCGGCGACCCUCCUGGACGUGGUGCCGCUGGUCUGCAGGCGGUGGCGUGACCUGGCGGGGUGUCCAGGGAGUUGGGCCAACGUGUCCGUCAUAAGGAACGUGGACUGGUUUAAGGUGCCCGAUCCAGACCUGCGCGUCCUUCUCCACGCCCCUGGCCUGCGUUGCCUGGACUUGCACUGCACUGGCAGGACCUGCGGCGACGGUAGCAACGCGGGACGAUGGCUUGAGGACCACUGGCUUGUGUCGGCGCUGCGUCGCAGCCGCGCCGUGGUGCGACAGGAGCUGCGGCUGUCGGGGUACUUCUGGAGCAACCUCCCCCGGUCGGGUCGGCGCGCGGUGGCCGAGAUGGUGGGGCGGAGCGCGCCGUUGCUGCGCCGCCUCCACGUGACGUUGUCCGAGGAGGACCGCAACGAACCGGAGCCUCUCGACUGCGGCGAGGACAUGACCGACGACGAGAUAUUCGCUCUCCUGGACACGCUACCCGACCCAGCCAUCCCCAUGGUGGAGGCCGUGCUCCAGGUGAAGCGCGUCGAGGUGCUCCAUUUGGACACGGACAUCGACGACCUCAACUGCGAUGCUGAUGGGCCGUUUAUCUACCAACGUGAGCUCUCAGGAAUCUCUCUCCCGAAACUACGAGAACUCGUCAUCAAGGGCAAGUUCGGGCCGGUGCCGACUGCGCUCAUCUCGGACCUGCUGAGCGCCGCGGCAAACACGCUGGAGGUGGUCAAGAUCGGCAAGACCAUCGAGUCCUGGAGCGCCGACGCGAACCUGGACCUGCCCGGCGUGGUGGCGGCGCUGUCCCGCUGCACGCGCGUGCGUGAGCUCGCCGCAGACCGCUUCUGCCUGCCGGCUAUGGCCAGCCUGCCCUCCCUGCAGGACCUGCAGCUCCACGUCCAGUGCAACGAGAAGAGGGUCGAGUCUGCUGGGUUCUUCAGCGAGUGUGUCGCUGCCUGUGAGGCCCUGGCGGCGCUGCGUCGCCUUCGCCUCGUCCUGGACGGCCUGGACAUCCUGGAGGACGACCCCGACGGCCGCUUCGUCCUGCGUAGGUGCAAGAAGGCAUUUGCUGGCUUCUCCCGGCGCCGGCCGGCUGUGGACGCCUCCUGGAGGGUCCUCAGCGAGUGGGACGACCCGUGGCAGUACUAGGGUUUGUGGCAGCACACCUUUUGACAAGCAGCGCCCCCGUGACAGCACCGGAAGAGGACCUUUCCUUUCUGCAUGAAUGUAGCUGAAGCGCACCUUUUAAUUUUAAUGUUUCAGACUGAUCAUGUUAAGGAUUUAUUUUGUCUCAUUAUCAGUCAGAACUGACUUAACAGAAGGUACUGCCUCUAGUUUAACUCUUAAUAAACACUGAUAGUUUCAUUUCUA